CCUCCUUCGCCUCCCAAUCCAGGAGGUCAGAAGAAACUCAUCGGUGCUAUUCCUCUGUUGUCUCCACCUCCACGUGGAGAGCGGGAGGAUGUAAAGGGCACUGUAGCCAACAUGGCCGCUGCGUUCGCUCAGCGGCAGCUCUCGCGACGAAUUACUGGGAGAGACGAUGCUUCGUCUAUAGCUUCAGAACCAAUGAGUGACUUUGCAAGGUUACUGGCGGCUAAGAAAGCAGGACUGAAAGUAAAGACAGACGAAGAGAGCAAAUGGUCACGUGGCAUUGCUGUUGCUGGUCGAGACCUUCAAAGUCAGUUGUUAGCGAAGAGACAAGCGAUGAUGGGGAUUUCGGAAUCGAACAACGAGUUUCCUCCUUCGCGUCGUCGAUCUAUUGUGGCAUCGUUUCAUUCUCCGUCUUCAGCGGAUGAUGAGAUCUUGCUCUCUGCUCCACCACAUCCAAACUUUCCUCCACCUCCUCCUCCAGGUGGUGAUCAUGAGGCUAUGAUGUCGUCUCCUUCGUUGGCUGAUCCAUUUGCACCGUCGUCCUUGUACAAAGACGGUCAUGAGAAAGGAUUGGCUGAUGCUCUGAGUGAUGCUGCUUUGUCUGUGUCUGGUAUUGAUAGGGGUCUUCUGCUUGGUAGAGGAAAGCCUGUACGAUUACUGAGAACCAUUCAAGGGCCGGCUGUGACAUACAACAAACCAUCGUGGAGUGUCAAUGUUAGGAAAGAAAUGUUUGCAGCAAAUGAGAAAUUAGAGAAUCCGUUGAUCCUUAACCUCGUGUUUGCACAGAUUGUACGUGAUACCUACUCAACCACAUGUUGUCGCAUUUCCAAAGAAGAACGACUCAGAAUGAAAGACCUUCUACGUCGAUACGGGGUGACAGUCAACAAUCUGUCUCAGAGUGCGGCUGUUAAGAAAAUCGUGAUUGAUACAGCAAGAGAGUGGCAAUGUUACUUCACAAAACUUUUUCCAGUUGUGGCUGUUGAAUCGAGGAUCAGACAUGUGACUCAUAUUGGUGUUUCACAUACGGGGAUAAAGCUGAUUCAACAGCAAGGUCUUGAACUGAAGACCAUUGAAAGCUACAAUUACAAUGAGGUGACGGAUCAUUUGGCAGACGAGUUUACGCUGAGAUUGACUCUUAAUGAGACGACAGUCGACUUUCACACUAUUCGAGCUGGACGGAUCGGACAACUUAUUGACGUGCAGAUGAUUGCAUUGGAAAAGAAUGCAAAGUUUGUGUUGGCAAUUGAAGACUAUGAAACACGAGAGUCAACACUUCUCAGCUUUAAGAACAGUGCAGUAAUCAAGCUCAAGCACAAGGAUGGCUUGGACGAGGGAUGGCUGUUUGGCAUGUAUGAAGGACAGACUGGCAGUUUUCCCAAGGAAUACGUUACCCCAAUCAUGGGAGCUCCAACAGAAUCAGCUAUUGAGCAAGCGAAACGAAGUGCACUCAGAAAACGUCUAUCACAGUCCAACUUAGCUGCUGAACCUAAGAAAGCUGCAGGUGGCAUGGAACGGCAUGGUCCCAGCUUCAGAUCGAAGAAAGGCCGAGAGGUGCCCACUCCUGCACAGGGAAGAGCCACACAAGCAGCCACACCCAAGGGCAGUCCACCACUGGUAAGACUACAUGAUGCUGAUUCAGAGCUGGUGACAGGCAAGUACUCAAUGAUGGCAUUUGCCAAGGAAUACUUUCGAAACGCACACAACAAAUACGAAAUGCAAAGAAAAGCGGACGGUUCUAUCCGUGGAACUCUGAAAAUUGUUGGCACAAUACGAGCAACAUUUGGAAAGAGCAUGAGACAAAGGAAGGAGUCGUGGUCGUGGUCUCCACUGGCUGAUUUGGUCAAGUUCACAAAAGCGUCAUUGUUGCCAUUGCCUCCACCACUCAAUAAGCUGGCGUUGGAGUGUUUUAUUGCUAUCAUGAGAUUUAUGGGAGAUUACAUGAUGAAGGGCAAGAAUUUGACGGAUAUUACUUACUUUAUUCUUAAGACACUACGACAACACGAAGAUCUUCGAGAUGAAGUUUUGUGUCAACUCAUCAAACAAACAACAAACAACAAGAGCACACGGCCUGACAGCUGCGCUAGAGGAUGGAGACUGCUGUCUAUUUGUUGUGCAUACAUUCGUUGUUCAGAUUUGUUUCGACCAUAUUUGGAGAAGUACGUGAAGACAGCAGCCAGAGAUCCACAAAGAGAAUACCAUGCUACUGCUGCCAUGUGUCUUCAUAAUCUGAGCAAGACGUUUAAAAUUGGUGGUCGGAAAGAUCCUCCUAGUCAGAUGGAAGUGGAAGCUGUUGCUGCUGGUCGUUUCACAAAGAGGCAAAUGUUUUAUCUACCCGGUGACAUGACUCGAGUGUUGAAAAUCAAAACCAGCACGACUGCAAGAGAUGUAGUCCGGGAGGUGUGUGGACUGAUGGGACUCACAACUGAUGAAGAAAUCGAUGAGUACGGGUUGUUUGCUGACCUGGGAAAAGAGUCUAUGCCUGUCCCUAUCGAUCUAACCAACUACAUCAUGGAUUUUACAAACGCUCUGGAGCGUCAGGGACUCGAGUUUUGGCUUUAUUUCAAGAAGGUCGUCUGGUUUCGAUCGAUCACCCUUGACAACAUGCUUCUCAUCGACUUGCUAUACCAUCAAGCUAAACCCGAUUUCAUACGAGCAAAUCUGAUUGUCUUGAAAGACGGUGAAUUCACACCCGCAAUUCAGAAUGAGGUUGCGUUGUUGAGUGCACUUGUACAUCGAGCAUCUGAUGCCAGCGUUAUGCCUUCAACAGGGGAUGCUGAGCGGUUGAUACCUUCGAGUUUGGCGAGGGAAUCCACACCACCGAUGUGGGUGAAACUCAUUCAGGAACAUUUUGAGUCAAUAAGGGAUCUCUCGCCUGUUGAGGCUCGAGGCCACUUUGUUGAUUUUAUUCAGCAUUGGCCUCUCUAUGGGUCUCGAUUUUUCCCUGUCAAGACUGUUUCUGAUCAGCGAAUCAUGGGAGACACACUACUUGCAAUCAACAAACAAGGCGUUCAUCUCUUGAAGUCUACAACACGAGAAAUGGUGAUUUCGUAUCCAUUUGGUGAGAUCGUGUCAACACGACGUCUCAAAGCUCAAUCUGGACGACAGUAUCUUGAUCUCAAGUGUGGCAAUCUGAUGGUCCACAGAGUCACUCGUCUGGAAACGCUUUAUGGUCGAGACAUAUCACUGCUAAUAAGUUUGUAUGUCGAAUGUCACUUGAAAGAAAGGCAGAGACAAGAGGAAGCUGCUGGUGUAGUAAGAGUUGACGCUUUUGACAUUUAAGAUGUUGUUCAACAACAAAGUUUUGACAACACACAAAGACUUAGCUAAUACAAUAAACUCGAUGUCAAUAAUUUUAUAUAUGAUUUUGUGUACAUAUUACUUUCUAGAUUACUGAACGUUGUACCUCAUGGAUAGUGUUGUUUACUACUCCGGUAGUUAGAAAUACCAAUAAAUAUGUGUUUUAUAUAGA